GGAGAAAGAGAAGUGACUUUGUAGAGAGAGAAAGAGGGAGUCCUUUGUUUGUGGGGGAUAGAUAAUCAGGAGAAAGCGAGAAGGAGAGGCCACAAUUUACUUAGCAAAAUCCUCAUCCAAAGGCGAAAUCAAAACCCUAUCAUCUCCCAAAUCUUCGCCACUUUUCUAUAUCAUCUCGCUUUUUGCAUGGCUACCAUUGUUUCUUAGCUUCUUCUCCCUUGAAAACGAUAAUACAGAGUUUAAUUCAGUCAAUUGUUCCGAAGAGAAGAAGGAUUUGCAGAGAGGAUGGCCCCAAGGUCAGGCAGGGGCAAGGGAAACAAAUCGAAGAAUGAGAAGAAGAAGAAGGAAGAGAAAGUUGUACCGAGUGUUGUUGACAUAACCGUCAUCACUCCAUAUGAAACUCAAGUUCUGCUCAAGGGGAUAUCGACUGAUAAAAUUCUGGAUGUGAAGAAGCUUUUGGCAGUUAACGUUGAAACAUGCCACCUGACAGAGUACUCUCUAUCUCAUGAGGUUAAAGGACGUAAAUUGAAUGAUAAGAUGGAGGUUGUUGGACUGAAGCCAUGUUUGCUGAGAAUGGUUGAAGAGGACUACAGUGAUGAGUCACGUGCCUUGUCUCACGUGCGGAGGCUCCUCGAUAUCGUCGCAUGCACUACGCGCUUCGCCAAGCCUAAGGGCGGUGCCGGCGGUGGCGGAGCCGAAUCUCGUCCGAAGAAGAGUAAAGUGCAGCAAAGCACGGUGGUACCAGCGGCGCAAGAUGGAGAAUCUCGGCUGCCGGAGGGUACCCAGUCGGUGGUUACGGGGAAUUACGAAAUGGUGGCGAUUCACCCAAUUCCGAAGCUGUCGGAUUUUUACGAGUUCUUCUCUCUCUCGCACCUCUCUCCGCCUAUACUACAUUUGAAAAGAGUGGAAAGUAAAGACGGAGAAACAAGGCGAGAUGGGGAUUAUUUCGAAAUGCAGAUAAAGAUAUGCAAUGGGAAGAUCAUACAAGUGAUGGCAUCUGCAAAAGGUUUCUAUACUUUGGGGAAACAAUACUUGCAGAACCAUUCUCUGGUGGAUCUACUGCAACAACAAAGUCAAGCGUUUGCCAACGCAUAUGCAUCCUUAAUGAAAGCGUUUGUCGAACACAAUAAGUUUGGUAACCUUCCAUAUGGUUUCCGUGCUAAUACCUGGCUUGCUCCUCCAUCAAUUGCUGAUUCUGCGUCUCACUAUGUGCCCCUCCCUGUGGAGGAUGAGCACUGGGGAGGAAACGGUGGAGGUCAGGGUAGAAAGGGAGAAUACGAUCAUAGACCAUGGGCGACGGAUUUUGCAAUAUUGGCAAGCCUACCUUGCAAAACAGAGGAAGAGAGAGCUAUUCGUGAUAGAAAGGCUUUUUUGGUCCAUAAUCUAUUCCUGGAUGUCUCCAUUUUCAAAGCAGUUUCUUCCAUACAGAAAGUCAUAGACUAGCUUAACAUGCCUAGUGUGGAAUCACCAGUCCGAGGACAAGUUCUUCAUUCUGAUUGCAUGGAUGUUGAGACUUCGAGAUGCCUGGUCCAGGGAGUAAUUAAAGAUUGUCUUACAAAGCUUGACAAGAAUCCUGCAAUAGCAGUAAAUUGUAUCAGAUGGGAACUUGGUUCUUGUUGGGUUCAGCAUCUUCAAAAGCAAGAAACACCAACAGAUAAUAAUUCUGCAAGCCAUAAAGAUGGUGAUAAGCUUGAACCUGUGGUUAAGGGACUCGGGAAGCAAUUUAAACUGCUAAAGGCAAGAGAAAAGAAAUCUUCCAGUGAUGGCAAUGAUGAACAGAAUGCUGGAUGCAGCAGUGCAAGCAAGGAAGACAAUACAGAAACUGAGAAAUUCUGUGCGUCUGAUUGUGAGUUGCUAAAAUAUGUUUCUGAAGAUGCUUUCUUGCGAUUGAAAGAUACUGGUACUGGGCUUCAUACAAAGUCAAUGGAUGAACUGGUCAAGAUGGCAUUUGCGUAUUAUGAUGAUGUUGCUUUACCCAAGCUGGUUGCAGACUUUGCAUCACUUGAACUUUCUCCAGUCGAUGGCCGUACACUGACUGAUUUCAUGCAUCUUAGAGGAUUGCAGAUGCGUUCUUUGGGUCGUGUGGUUGAACUUGCAGAUAAGCUUCCACAUAUACAGUCUCUUUGUAUACAUGAAAUGGUUACUCGAGCUUAUAAGCAUGUAGUUCGAGCUGUUAUUGCUUCUGUCGAGAGCAUGGAUAACAUGUCUGCUGCUAUAGCCUCAACUUUAAAUUUCUUACUGGGAUCUUACAAUGCUGAAAGCAGUGAUCAAACUCUUAAAUUCCAAUGGUUGCGGGCAAUUUUGGAAAAAAGAUUUGGUUGGAAAUUGAAAGAUGAAGUACAACACUUGAGAAAGUUAUCAAUUCUGAGGGGCAUUUGUCAUAAGGUUGGGUUAGAACUGGUGCCUAAGGACUAUGAUUUGGAAAGCUCCACCCCGUUUGCAAAAUCUGAUAUUAUCAGCAUAGUGCCCAUUUGCAAGCAUGUGGGGUGCUCUUCUGCUGAUGGGCGAACUCUCCUUGAAUCGUCGAAGAUUGCUCUGGAUAAAGGGAAGCUGGAAGAUGCUGUUAAUUAUGGAACAAAGGCUCUGGCAAAGAUGAUAGCUGUCUGUGGUCCUUACCAUCGUGCAACUGCUGGUGCUUACAGUCUUCUUGCUGUUGUCCUUUAUCACACUGGAGACUUUAAUCAGGCAACUAUAUAUCAGCAGAAGGCUUUGGAUAUCAAUGAAAGAGAGCUGGGGCUUGACCAUCCUGAUACGAUGAAGAGCUAUGGGGAUCUAUCCGUAUUUUAUUAUCGACUUCAGCAUAUUGAAUUGGCUCUGAAGUAUGUCAACCGAGCAUUGUAUCUUCUCCAUUUCACAUGUGGGCUUUCUCACCCAAAUACAGCAGCUACUUACAUAAAUGUAGCUAUGAUGGAAGAAGGAAUGGGAAAUGUUCAUGUUGCUCUCAGAUAUCUACAUGAAGCCCUUAAGUGCAACCAAAGACUAUUAGGAACGGACCACAUACAGACUGCUGCUAGUUAUCAUGCCAUAGCCAUAGCUCUUUCAUUGAUGGAAGCAUAUACUCUCAGUGUGCAGCAUGAGCAAACUACUUUACAAAUUCUUCAGGCUAAACUAGGAGCAGAGGAUCUUCGUACUCAGGAUGCUGCUGCAUGGCUAGAGUAUUUUGAGUCAAAAGCAUUGGAACAGCAAGAAGCAGCACGCAACGGAACCCCAAAACAAGAUGCCUCUAUUGCCAGCAAAGGUCAUUUGAGUGUGUCAGAUCUCCUUGAUUUUAUAAGUCCUGAUCAGGAGUCAAAGGCCAUGGAUGCUCAGAGGAAGCGACGCACAAAGGUUACUCAACUCGGUGAUAAAUCCCCUAGAGAGCAGCGAGAGGAAAAGAAUGAAGAACCAAUUAUCAGUGAAAGUAUCGAAAUAAGUGCUGUAGUGGAGGAAAGUAGCAGUAAACUGGACAAGGUAGACAGUACAUCCUCCGAAGAACAUGUCAAGGUUGCUGAAACCAGAUAUGAUCUUCCACCCUCUGAUCAACUUGUCCAGGAAGGAAAGUCAGAAGAAGGGUGGCAGGAAGCUACAUCGAGAGGGCGUUCUGGAAAUGGUGCUACAAGAAAGUUCAACAGAAAGAAUCCAGAUCUUGCCAAGUUAAAGAUUAAUUCGGCACACUCUCACCAUAAGGACGGCAGUUACAGGAAGGAGGCUGUUUCUCAGGGGCAUAAUAAGGUCACACUUAAGACUGUUUUCGCUGAGGCAUCUCUUAUAAAACAAUCUGGCAGUGUAAGCUUAAACAAUACUGAUAAUUCAAGUAAAGUUAGCGUUUAUGAUGUUAUAGCUAGCCAAGGCACUCUCAUCGAACCAGUGGGUUUCCCUUCAGUUGCUGCUCCAGUUCCUUGUGGUCCUAGAUUAGCGAUGUAUUAUAGAGGGAGCCAGAGUUUCCGGAUUAGACCUGGAGUUUUUAGUUACCAAAUCCCUGUUAUUGAUAGAGAUGAUGGUGCUGCCUCUCCAAAGACAAUGAACCCGCAUGCUCCGGAAUAUGUUCCUAGAAGAGCAGCAUGGCAAAUUAACCCAGCUACAGAAGAUUCAAAUCCAAUGAUUGAUUCUGAAAAUCCUGUUGUUGGUGCUGGUGCUAAGGUUGAUAAGCUCGAUGAGAAACUUACAACUGGUGUAAGAGGGGAGAGACCGAGGAGAACCAGUUCUGAUGCUGAGAAAGCAGAGCUAGCAAGGCAGAUACUGCUCAGUUUCAUUGUAAAAUCUGUGCAGAAUUCUUCAGAUCCUCCUUCUACGGCUGCAGUUACUGACAAGAAGCAUGACUAUCCGACUGAUUCAGCUGAAGCAAUUGCAAAUGACAGUGCAAUCAUAAAGAUAUUUUAUGGCAAUGAUGAAAAGAUGCCGAGGCCUGAGAUAAACAGUGAGAGGCAGAAGAUGGCAGAUGUAAAUAAAAAUAAGAUCAGUGAUGGGGAGGGCUUUGUGCUGGUCACGAAGAGGAGGAGGAGUCGGCAACAGUACAGAAAUGGGGUGAAUGACCUGUGCAGUCAACAAUCAAUCUGUGCUUCAGUUCGUUGAAGAAUGAAUAACGUUGGAGAGAGAGGGGCAAGAAUAAGUCGUUUUGGGCAUUCAUUCCUCUCAGUCAUGUUCUGCGGGAAGGAUGCUCAAAAUACAUCCUCACAAAGGUAAUUUGUACUUGAUCAUUUCAGAUAGCACUCUAGUGGGUUUGAUGGGUAGACAGACAGAGAGAGAGAUAGAAAGUGGUUAGUGAGACUCUCUCAUCUUGAAUUUUUGGCUGAUUGUUGUAAAAAUUAUGUUUUUCAUGUCUUCUCAAGUUCAACUUUAGAGCUACCAGUGUUAUCCUGACUUGAACAAAUUCAUUCUUGUACUAUGAAAUAAAGUUUCUCAUUGAUAUCUGAUUUUGGGAAAAAUUAAUGAGAAAACUUGGCUACAUUGAAUGAGUA